AUGGCUGCCCUUGCUGAUAUCGACACUUCUGUCAUCGAGUUUUUUGAUGAACUUCACCUAGACUCUUUGGCUCAUAGAAUCGCCUAUAUCAACAGUAAAUACGGCCGUGGGAGAAUGGAAACCGCGGAUGAGUACCGCCGUCAAGAACCAGAGGAGAGCAUAUAUGGCUUCCGAGAAUACUGGGAGGAUAUAGAAAAGAAUCUUCAAGGAGUUCAGGCGGACACACUUCCGGUGCUUGAGCUCAUGGACCUUCAACAUGAGAUUGGGGGGUUGUUCAGGAUCUUCCUUGUGGACUUCUUGGUUCGCAUUCAUGACGGAUUGAGGCUUCUGCCGGAGACCCUCCCACUUGCAGUGAACAUUUUGGACCGAUACUGCUCGAAAAGACAAGUUCCACGACACCACUACAGGCUUGCUGGAUGCGUCUCGCUGCUCAUCGCGGCAAAAUUCUGCGAAAAUCCAACAGAUGUGCCAUCAGUUGAGGCAUUGAGUCACAUUUGCUGCUUCGACUACGGUGUCCGGCUAUUUCCUCAAAUGGAACGGUACAUCCUAGAGGCUCUCAGUUGGUCGGUUCAUCACCCAACUGUCUAUGCAUUUAUUCAGACGGGAGCAGCAAAGGCGGAAAGGGACGAGCUAAGGGGAGUUCAGGAACACGACAAGGUGGUGGCGACGGCGCGGUUGAAAUAUGCAGCAGUCAAGCAUAUGGCCGAGUACCUCUCUGAUAUCCUUCUCUAUCGACGAGUAUUUUCUGCUCAAACCCCGUCAGAGCUUGCGCGAUUCUUGUUUGCGGUAUCCUUGACGAUCUUGCGCCACUCAGAGGCCUACCUGGACGACAUAACGGUGCUUCGGUUCUUGGGUCAAAUAGGACGGCCUUCGACUACUUUAAGGGCUAAGUACUCCCAACCAUGCUUGUCCAGGGUGUCUCAGAUACUAGCAGAUUUUGGUUUGGACAAAUAG